UAGUUGACAAGGAGAAAUCCCUUUUAUUUUGAAUGAGUCAGGAAUUUCUGAUGGCGUGCCUAACUCUGUAUGCAUAUAGGUCGGCUCCUUUCACAAACUGUAGAGCAUCGUACCAGUAAAUUAAGUUGCAGGUUUUGAUAAUAACAGUCCAUGGAGAUGCAACAGCCGCAGGUGGAUGUGGAGGGACAGUCGUCGUCACCGGCGCCGGCGAAGCCAGGGCUCCUCCGCUUCAACUCCCCACUGGCGCAGGUGUGCCUAAUAGGCCUGGUAUGCUUCUGCUUGCCCGGCAUGUACAAUGCGCUCAACGGCCUCGGCGGCGGCGGGCAGGUGGACCACACCGCCGCCGACAACGCCAACACCGCCCUCUACGCCUGCUUCGCCGUCUUCGGCGUCCUCGGCGGCGCGAUCCACAACCUCCUGGGCCCGCGCACGACGCUCUUCCUGGGCUCCCUCACCUACCCGCUGUACGUGGCAGCCUUCCUCAACUACAACCACCGGCCCGGGUCCCAGGUGUUCCCUGUCAUCGCCGGGGCGCUGCUCGGCGUUGGCGCCGGGUUCCUCUGGGCGGCGCAGGGCGCCAUCAUGACCUCCUACCCUCCGCCCAACCUCCGGGGCACCUACAUCUCCCUCUUCUGGUGCCUCUUCAGCCUCGGCAGCGUCCUCGGCGGGCUCCUCCCUCUGUCACUGAACUACCGCCGCGGGAGCAAGGUCGCCAGCGUCAACGACGGCACCUACAUCGCCUUCAUGACCAUGAUGCUUGUCGGCGUGGCGCUCACCCUCCUCUUCCUGCCGCCGCACAAGAUCGUCCGUGACGACGGCAGCAGGGCCACCGGGGUCACCUACUCCUCCGCGGCCACCGAGGCCGGCGAGGUCCUCCGGCUCUUCGCCGACUGGAAGAUGCUGCUGGUGCUCGUCCCGGCAUGGGGCAGCAACUUCUUCUACACGUACCAGUUCAACAACGUGAACGGCCUCCUCUUCACGCUCCGGACCAAGGGCCUCAACAACGUCGUCUACUGGGGAGCGCAGAUGCUGGGCUCCGUCGGCCUCGGAUACCUCCUCGACUUUGGUUUUGCCAGCCGCAGGAAGAGGGGGCUCGUCGGGGUCGCCGUCUUCGCCGUGCUCGGCACCGCCAUCUGGGGUGGGGGAUUCGUCAACCAGCUCAGGUACACGGACGGCAAGUGGCCCGACCUCAUUGAUUUCAAGGACGGCCGCCGCUACGCCGGGCCGUUCCUGCUCUACUGCAGCUACGGCCUGCUGGACGCCAUGUUCCAGAGCCUCAUCUACUGGAUCAUUGGCGCACUCACAAACGACUCACAGGUCCUCAGCAGGUAUGCUGGGUUCUACAAGGGUGUGCAGAGUGCAGGAGCGGCUGUGUCAUGGCAAGUCGACUUCCACAAGACGCCCCUAAUGGCCCAGCUGAUUGUGAACUGGGGGCUCAUAACUGUCAGCUACCCCUUGCUUGCCCUGCUGGUGUUCUUGGCUGUGAAGGACGACGAGGACAGUUCGGUAUAUCCUCGAUCGAGGACGACAAACACAACAGAUCGUAGAAAGCUGUCUGCACCAACCACCUUCCACUGAUCGAGGAUCGAGACGUGUGGCAGGAUUUUCAGUGUGGUCGUAGAAAUCAGGCAAGUUCGGAGAAUUUGGUGGAAGUAGUAGCUUAUGGGCCUAUGGGUAUGGAGUUGGUAUUGCUUACUGUUACGGUGUUAAUCUCAAUGUAAAAUGUGAUUGCUAGUUUGCAACUA